UCGGUAGACUUUUGCGAUUCGUCGUCUGUUGCGCUCCGAGAGACAGGGCACAUACCUUCACUGCGUCAUUUCCACAAUCUCGACCAGAGAGACGAGCUUCGAGACGUUGCUACUACUGUUGUUGUUACUGUGAGGUCAUAUGGAGCACUCGGCCAACGGGACGAAGAACGCGUCGGCAUUCUCGACGGAACAGACGAGAUUGUUGCCGGCACGGGCAGUCGAGAGUCCGUCCGACAACGACGACGAGUCGGGCUACGGUGCGGAUCCCUACGAUGCGCUGGAACGACAGGUACGCCUUACUGCUGUAUCGACGCCCUUCCUUCGGUCCCCAAGACGCCUGCUCGCACUCAUCGGUACAACCAUACUGGCGAUAGUAGUUGUGAUCUACACCGGUAGCACUACUAGUCGUCCCCACGAAAGUAGUACUAGUAGUAGUACUCGCUCAAGCAGCCCUGUGGAGGCUGAGCAUUCUCCGAAAGAAACCAUGUUCUCGACUUUGUUGACAUUUGCCACUCCCUGGAACGAUUUGGAUUGGAAGGACCUUCACAAUCACGACGUGUUGCUCCAAGUCUGGGACGAAUGGAAACGCUCUUUGCGUGACGACAAUCGCAAAAAUCACGACGACCGCAACAACAACGAUGACGACCACAACGCGAUGGACUGGUGGCACACCAUUCGGGUGCGCGCGGAGCCGCUGCUGGGGCACGCCAAGGACAGUGUCGGGAAUACCUGGCACGAGGCGGAAUCGGCCGUCCAAGGAACAACCAGUGAAUGGCACGUGGGAGAAAAACUACGUAGCGCGCAAGAGGCCACGUCCUCUUGGGCGCAGCAGACGGGACAGCAGGCCCAAAAUGACGUGCGGGAUUGGCAGUUAGGACUGCACCUCCAGCAAGCGGAACACGCCGCCGCGCAGCUUUGGAACAGUACCCUCCAAAAGGCUACCGAAGUAUCUUCGAGCAUGAGCGCUAGCGGUGGUGCCGUGGGUAAGGAGUGGUUAGGAGACACGCAAGAUUGGCUACACGCGGCUUGGAAUGGUACCGAACAAACGGCCGAACACGCUUGGGGUACUGUGGAGGACGAAGCGCAACGCGUCGGUCCCCAGGCACGGACACUCUGGAACCACACGGCACAGACCGAAGGUGAGUGGUACAAUCACGUAAAGAACAAUUUGCGACACUUUGGGUCCAAGAUUCGUGGCUGGUGGGGAGUCACGGAGCGAGCGGCCGUCAACGAAACCGGAGCGAUGGAAGACACCUUUCAGAAUUGGUGGAAGCAGGCCAAUGGAAAGGAGCGGGCCUGGUGGAACGAUACCGUGCACGCCUAUCACGUGCUGGCACAAAAAUCAGAACGUGCCGAAGCUUCGUGGUGGAACGCGACCCGCGAAACGGUGGGGCAUGGCUGGAACGCCACGACCGCCACCACGGAUGAAGCGUGGGAAUCGACGCAGCGAUGGUUUCGGGCACGGGCGCACGUAACCCAAAAUCUCGAAGAACCCUUGUUGUAUUUGAACUCAUCACGGGCCUACUCCUUGCUACGCAACGCCCAAUACGGCUGGUACGAAGCCAGUUCCGAUUUCUUUGAGUAUCAAACCGGGUGGGAUGUUCAGAUCAAUCAAGCUUAUUGCGGGGUGGCUGCUGCUGUGGCCGUUUGGAACAGUAUCCGAUCCAGUGUGGUUGGUGCGAACGAUGCAGGGGCGGUGGAGGCCGCCAUGGACCCGUCUUACGAACCCUACGUGUACGCAACCCAAUCCAGCUUGAUCCACAAUAAAUGCGUCCACCACAAAGUGAUUCGACACAACGCCACCUUUGACGGUAUUCUGCACGUUCCCGGGGGUCUCAGCCUUGUCCAAACAGCGGAUUUGCUCACUUGCACGCUGCCGUCAUCUUUGUGGACGGUGACAACACACUACGUAGUGGCAAACACCACAACUCUGGACGAUGUACGGGCCGACUUGCAGCAAGCCUUACUCGAUCCCAAGGCCCGGGUGUACGUCAACUACGAUCGUUCUGUCCUCGAUCAACACGGUGGCGGGCACUUUUCUCCUUUAGGAUCCUACGCUUCCCGGGAUGACGCAUUUCUGUUACUCGACGUGGCCAAAUACAAGUAUCCGUCUGCUUGGAUUCCGGCGGCCCGAUUGUUUGCUGCCAUGAGUGGGAUUGACGUCUGCGGGACUUGGGAUUAUCCACACGCUCAGGAUUCUCUGCCCGUAAGCUUGUUAAAAGCCAAUUCAACGAAGGCCUACGCCCGGGCCUUGACAAAAUUAGGCUGCAAACCGUUGCCGCGGGGAUAUGUGAUUGUACGGUCCAUUACAGAAGAUACUGGAAACAGAUCGAUCGUAGGGACAUAGGCUCUCGUGUGAUGGAGUGGUUAUCUUCCGAUCAAAAUAUCAGUAGCGCCGAACCGCGGUGUGUCUCUGUGUCACAUCAAAAACCUGUGGGAGUUGCGAACUUUUCGUCAGCCAUACAGUCCUGAAUUGUGAACUAUUUGUAGCAAAGAGGAAAAGUAAGGUGGACCUUGUCGGAUUCAGGUCGAACUAAAUGUAAACAUCGAAAUCAUC